GUCGUGCGCAUAUUGCGAGCAAACAAUGGCGCCAUUGAUGGUAACUUUUUAAAAUUACACACAAUGUUACCACUUUUUUAUCCUAAUGUUCUUCCAUUUAUUUCAUCAACCAAAUAAUCUUAGUUGGAGAUGGAAUGAAUUAGCCGGUUUCCAUUGUUUUAGCUAUUAUUGCAAAAUCUUAUUGUUAUUAAAAAAAAUCAGUUCAAAAAAGUUCUAUUGUUCAAAUUCCAACUGUUUUCGACCGAUUUCGAUUUUCCCCCAAAAUAGAUUUUCACUCUCUCAUCAAUUUUAAUGUCAAAUUUUCUCCAGAAUUAAUAGUUUUACUUACGCGUUGAAAUUUUUUUUUGCGAAAAAAGUUGAAGCUUUUUGCUUUUGCAUCGUUUUUAUACAAAACUAUCCCUUUUAUACGAUAUCAACAGUUAAUUUCUUUAUUGAUACCCAUUUACCAUACUUUCGCCCCAAUUAAGACUUUUUCGUAUAAACUUAUAAAUUUUCUUUUCAUAUUCAUAUACUAUUUUUUUUAUUCGCUUGUUAGUUUUAGUUCGCACAUGCAUAAUAAUUAUGAGAUUUACAAUAAUAAAUUAUGUCAUUGGGUAGAUUCGAACCCUCUACUAUUAUCAUAUACGCAUGGAAGAGAGUAUAGCAACGGAGCGCCUGGAGCAGUUUUUCAACCUCUGUGAUCGAAAUGGGUCCGGGUUCAUCGAGGACGAAGACUUGACAGAGCUAUGCGACGAGUUAAAUCUAGACCACGGCACGAUUAAGGGUAUCUUUGCGCCCUUGGAUCAGAAGGGGACUGGGAAGAUAUCGCAGGAGCAGUUCAUAAAUGAGUUCGCCCACAUCCAGCAGAUAUUCUGUCCGGGUGAAGACUUCUGUGGGGGAGCUCAGAAUGGGGCCAAUGAGUCGAAUGGACCCCCCUCUCCAGAAACGGAACCCCACUACAAAAGACGAAGUUCAGUCGAUUUCACAUCUAGCAGACACUCUUCAAAUCUUACGUCAUCAUCGCGCGGAUCAUUACGUAACUCCAAGUUUCGCAAACUGCAAAACAGCUCGGAGGAAACGUUUAGUGACUCAUUCGACAUGGAUGAUUACGCAACCUUACGCAGCUCGUGUAGUGCGAGGAUGAAGGAUAUCGGUGUGAGUUUGCGGGGGCUGCCCUCUUUGGGGGGCGUGGGUGGGGGAGGGGGAGGGGGAGGCAAUGAGGGGCAGUUGCAGGGGGUGAUCAUUGGACUGGUAAGUCAGCUGCAGCAGAUGGAACAGGAAGUUGAACAGCUGUCCGACUCCAUGAGGAAGUCUACUAGGAAACACAGUGACGUCAUCAGUCAUCUGCAGGAGGAGAUGGAACACCAGAUUUCCAGGGCUGAGAAGACAGCUUACAAUCUAGCCGACGAGGCAGCCACUUCGAAACAGCGAGAAACAGAACAACGCCUCGAGUGCGAAAUCCAGACACUCAAAGAGAAACUGGACGAGUACAGAAUCCUAGAGGAAAAACUGAACCGAGAAAGACGAAUGACCGAACAGAACUCACAACUCAAAAAACAAAUUGAGAGUCUAUCCAUGGAAAACGUGCAGUUGAAAUCCUGUGUGUUGGACACCCAAACUGGAAUUGCCGCUCUUAGAGCCGAAAUGGCCAAAAUGAACAACAAAUUCGAACAGCAGCAAAUGUUGAUAGCUCAAGAAAAAGAAGCUGCCCGAACUUACCAAGAAGAAGUCGUGCAUUUGUCUCGGAAGUUAAACACGAUGCACGAAUCGAAUAAACGACUCCACGACACGAGUGACGAGUUGACCUUCCAGUUGGAGCAAAACCAGUCGGCAAUUCGGAUUUUGAGUCGUUCGGCGUCGCCUAACUCGCAUUUCUCUCGGCGUUCGUGUGCGAGUGACGAGGCGUCGUUGCAAGCAGAGUUGGCGGCGGCUGCGAGGAGGUCAUUUAGUUGUCACACAGGGAAGUUCGGUGGAGACUUUAACGACGAGAGCGAUUCGGGAAGAUAUAGCCUAGUAGGCUCUGGUUUUGCCAGUCAAGUGAAUCAAUACAACCGAAAUAACCACAACAAUAACAACUUCUACGACAACGAAGACGAAAUAUUCUCUGACAUCGUUAGACCAGAAGACAGCAUCUCCAUGGUCAACUGUCGGCCCAGUGAUCACCCUAACAACUCAAUGACGUCAUCAUCAUACCGUAUGUCCAAUGGAUACGACUCAAACCGAGUCGAAGUGGACGAUGAGCUGGCGUCUCAUCAGCCUACAAAUGAGAGCGGUCGACAUGCUUCCUUAAACGAAGAAAUUCAAAUGAGUUCGGAAAACCGAGAGUACACUUCGGAAAUUUAUAAUCGCAAAAAUGGAGGUCGGCUGAAGCCCUUGAGUUUAGAUUGUUCAGAUCAAAGAAUUGAAACUAUGCCGAUGACUUCUCCAGCCAGACACGAGAACUUAGUUCCGCUCAACGACCAUAAAAACACUGCACGUUGUGAUUCAAACGACACUUUAAAUUCAGAAAUGUCACAAGAAACUAUUUUAGUGAAGCCACAAAAGUCACAAAUAGUUGACGAAGAAGAUGUUUUAGACGGUUCAAGAUGUAGUGAAAUUGCCAAUUUACUGCUAAGCCCCCAAACUGAACAUGGAAACACCCCAACUGCGGAAAAUAGAUCCCAUUUCUCGUCAAGUCCGGUUCAUUUUUCAAAGAACAAAGCGCACGAGGAGCUGAGAAAGAAGUUGGAACCUAAAAAUAACCAUCAAUAUGCCCAAGAAAGACAGUACAGGGUAGUGCUGGCCGGCGAUGCCGCGGUCGGCAAAAGUUCCUUCAUCUUGCAACUUUGCACCGGUUAUUUCCAUAACAGGAUAACGUCAACUUUAGGAGUUGAUUUCCACACAAAAGCUUUCGAUAUUGACGGAAAAUUGACAAACUUGCAGCUUUGGGAUACGGCUGGUCAAGAGAGGUUCCGAGCGAUGGCCAAAAGUUACUUUCGAAGAGCGGACGGCGCCAUUUUGCUUUAUGACGUCACAUUUGAACAGUCGUUCUUGCACGUUCGUGAUUGGGUGGAGACAAUUGAAUCGGGAGCCAAUAGGAAGAUCCCGAUUAUAAUCUGUGCGAACAAGAGUGACUCUAUUCCCGAGUGUAUUGAAAAAGGGAUUCCGUAUGUGCCUAAAGAGGACGGAGAGACACUUGCCAGGACUUACGACGCCACCUUCAUCCAGGUGUCGGCGAAAGAGGGAGACAAUAUAUUGGAGGCGAUGAUAGAAUUGUCCAGACAGCUGUGGAUUGCUGAGGACGAGGAGAGAUCCAAUGGACUCAAACUAACUAAAGAAGAAGCCGAAAAAGACGAGGGCAAGUGUUGCAAGUGAACAAAAUAAGCUCGAAAACGAAACAAAAAACACGACAAGAAUUCCAGCUGAUAAACUAGAAGUAGCCAGGUCAAGUAUUCUAUCGGUCGGACUUAUGAAUGAUUGCAUCAGAUUUGAUGCACCAGGGGCGGAUCUAGGAUUUUCUCGAGGAAGGGGGACGGAUUUCAUAAAAUUUCAAAAAGU